AAAACAACCCAUACAUAUUCUCAACUUUCUCUUCACACUUCUCAUACUUCAUAAUAUACACUACCUCAAAUAUUCAUACCACUUUCUUCACAAAAACCAAAGUUUGUUAACAGUUAUAUAAAAAAAAAAUGGAUGGAGGCAGCUCCACAGACGAUACCACCACAAGCAGUGACUCUCUUUCCGCAUGCCUAAUUCCGGCGAAGCAAUCUCCGCCGUCGACCAACACUCCCAGCCGCGUUGACCUCGACGGUUGCGGAGGCUCCGGCGAGGCUGACUCCCGGAAACUUCCGUCGUCGAAAUAUAAAGGCGUGGUGCCACAACCGAACGGCCGUUGGGGCGCUCAGAUUUACGAGAAGCACCAGCGCGUGUGGCUCGGAACCUUCAACAAGGAAGACGAAGCCGCCAGAGCCUACGACAUCGCGGCGCAGAGAUUCCGCGGUAAAGACGCCGUCACGAAUUUCAAGCCCAUCGCCGGCGCCGGCGAAAUUUCCGACGACGCCGAAGCGCAGUUCCUCAACUCGCAUUCCAAAUCCGAGAUCGUGGACAUGCUUCGCAAGCACACGUACGACGACGAGCUCCAGCAGAGCAAGCGCGGCACGAGCCACCGCGGGGGCGAGAUCGGCAAGUCCACAUCGCGUGGCAUGUGCGACGCGAGGGCGCGUGAGCAGCUGUUCGAAAAAACGGUUACGCCGAGUGACGUGGGGAAGUUGAAUCGGUUGGUGAUACCGAAGCAGCACGCAGAGAAACACUUUCCGUUGGGCAGUAUCGCCGGCGAAAGAAUAUCGCCGUGCGUGGCGGCGACCAAGGGCGUCCUCUUGAAUUUCGAGGACGUUGGAGGGAAAGUGUGGCGGUUUCGUUACUCUUAUUGGAACAGUAGCCAAAGCUAUGUGUUGACCAAAGGGUGGAGCCGGUUCGUGAAGGAGAAGAAUCUGAGAGCCGGUGAUGCGGUUCGGUUUUACAGGUCGACCGGACCGGAGAGACAGCUUUAUAUAGACUGCAAGGGAAGGAGUGUGAAUGAUGUCGAUGCUAACAGGGGUGGUUUGUUUAUUCCGGUUGGACCGGUAGUUGAGCCGGUUCAGAUGGUUCGGCUUUUUGGGGUUAACCUUUUGAAACUACCCGGUUCGGAUGUUGUUAGGGUUGGUUGCAAUGGGAAGAGGAAAGAGAUGGAACUGUUUGCCUUAGAGUGUAGCAAGAAGUUUAAGAUUGUUGGAGCUUUGUAACAUUACCUUUCUCUCUUUCUCUUUUGUAAGUUCUAGAAUUUUUGUGAGGGAUGAAAUCAUGAGAGAAAAUAUGUAUAUUUUUAGACUAAAGGAGAGUAAGAUUAGAGCCAACACAAUUUGUACAAGCAAAAACAAAACAAUGAAGAAGGAUUAAUGUUUAUAAUCUUUAUCCCUCUG